AUGAAAACAAGGGUUGCCAGGAACGCUAUUUUAAAUACUGAGCAGCUGUGGGACAACCCUGUUCCUUAUGUAUUAGAAGACAACCUUGAUAUGAACACUAAAGGAGUCAUUCUCCAGGCCUUUGAGCAGUUCCGAUUGAAGUCGUGUGUUGAUUUUAAGCCCAGACAGUCUGAGGAAUACUACCUUACAGUCAGAAAGGAUGAAGGGUGUUAUUCUUAUGUUUCAAGGAUUAUUGAAAGUGGCCAAGUUGUUUCCAUUGGUCAUCGAUGCGAUCGUCUCGGCACAGUAGAGCAUGAGUUUCUCCACGCUUUGGGCUUAUAUCAUGAACAAUCAAGAUACGACAGAGAUGACUACGUAACCAUUAUCUGGAAAAACAUCAAAGACGGAUACAGAGGUAAUUUCCAGAAAUUAACCCCAAGUUCUAGUACAACAUUUAAUGCUCCAUACGACUACUUAUCAGUAAUGCACUAUGGAAAAAGUUUCUUCUCCAAAAACUCGGGAAUCACGAUUGCCACUAAGCUACCACAGUACCAGGACAAAAUUGGCCAGCGAAUCGAAAUGAGCCAAACAGAUGUCUAUAAGUUGAAUCACCUUUAUAACUGCAAUGCAUCAGUUUCUUUUAUGGAGCAUUGCAACUUCUCCGAUGUCGACAUCUGUGGGAUGAGCUAUUGUGAAAAAGGCUUGACCAAAGGUUGGAAGAGAGUGAGCACUGCUGCUGGAGGACCUUUUACUGACCACACCAACCUUGAUAAGAUGGGGGGUAAAGAACCAGGUUAUUUCAUGCAUGUUAGCACAUCAUCAGGUAAGGAGGGAGAUUCAGCCUGGCUAGAGACCCGCAGGAUGAGCCCCUCUAGGGAGUGUCAUGUCCAGUGUCUCCAGUUCUUCUACUACCACAGUGGGAGUGAAUCGGACCAGCUCAACAUCUGGAUCAGGGAGUUCCAGGAUGAGAGGGACUCUACAGGAAAUCUCCGCCUCAUGGGUCAGAUCACUGGUGAACCAACCUUUGAUUGGCAGUAUUACAGGGUUCCCCUGAAUGCUGCCAAGCCCUUUCAGGUUGUGUUUGAGGUGCAUAAUGGAAAUGAAGACUCUUCGGGAGGCUUUUCCAUUGAUGACAUCAACCUGUCUGAGUCUGAGUGUCCACAUAAUAUCUGGCAGGUUGAGAACUUUGAGAGGCUUUUGACAACCACUGACUACAACUCUUACCUGUACAGCCCUCGGGUGUAUUCUCCAGAAGGUUAUGCUUAUCAGAUGGUAAUUGCUUUGCGAGAAACUUUUUUUGGAGUGUAUUUUCGCUUAGUGUCAGGUGACUAUGAUUCAACACUGGAAUGGCCUUGCCCAUGGAGGCAGUUGACCUUCAUCAUGCUGGAUAAGAACCCUCACAUUCAACAACAGAUGUCCAAGCAGAUCACUCUGACCACUGAUCCAUCAGACACCACAUUUGACAACCCUCGUACAGUGGGAAGACGAAUUAGAAUGAAUGAAGAAUCUGUAUAUGUGAACCCAGCCUAUGGGCUGAAAUCAUUUCUAUCUCUGGAGCAAGUUAGGAGCCAAGACUUCCUGAAGGGGGGUACUGCUGUCUUCCUCUUUUCAAUGAAAGACAUUUCCAGUCUGCAGCAUAAAAGCACUCUGCCUUGUCCAGAACUUCUGCCAAGCAAAUUUACAACAACUUCCUCAAACAACUUUAACCCGUGUGACACAGGACCAAACAUGAAAGCCACGUCACGCUAAAUCAGCCUUUUUCCAGGAGGACCAGCCCCAUAAUGGAAAUACACAACAGCCAUCAGAGAUUCUUACAUAACUCACUCAUCAGAAUUCCUGCCUCUUCGUGUUUCCUGCCAUUCAGCUACCUGCCGUACAUGAACCCAGCAGUAAAUGGAAU